CCUCAAACCACAAGUCGAACGUCGUCUUCGUCUCCCAUCGCGACUCUUGGUACCCCCCUCCACUCUACCCCAGGUAUUUCCCAUCUUGAAUUCCGACGAAUCGGCCCUCUCGCUGCUGGAGAGUUGCUUUUUGGCGAUCAAUUGAUUCUAAUACGCGCGCACACCCUUAGCACACAAUGUUCCUUCGUUCCGUUACUCGCGCUGCUGCUCGCAGCUCGGCUGUGCCCACCACGGGCCUGCGCUCCUACCGCACCGUUUCGGGCCCAAUGGCUUGCCUGAACGCUCGUCCUCAGACUGAGAAGAAGUCUAUCGCUCCCCAGCAGACCCGCGCCGCUUCCGAGCAUGCCAUCUCGAAUCCCACACUCGCCGGUAUUGAGAAGCGCUGGGAGGCCAUGCCCCCUCAGGAGCAGGCCGAGCUGUGGAUGCAGCUGAGGGACCGCAUGAAGGUCGACUGGCACCAGAUGACUCUCCAGGAGAAGAAGGCCGCCUACUGGAUCUCCUUUGGACCCCACGGCCCUCGUUCUGUGCCCCCCAAGGGCGAGAACCUCAAGAUCUUCCUCAAGGUCGCCCAGCUCACCCUUGUCAGCUUUGGUAUCUUCUACAUCAUCCACAUGUUCGCCAAGCCCCAGCCCAAGACCAUGACCAAGGAGUGGCAGGAGGCCUCCAACGAGUAUGCUAAGCAAGAGAACAUCAACCCUAUCUACGGCAUCAGCUCCGUGGGUUACGAGGGCAAGGGCUUCGUCCAGAGCCCCCCUGCUGAGAAGCAAUAGAUUGCCCCCAUCUCUCGGGAGGAACAGGUAUAACGACGGGGUGUGCAGUGGCUGGGCAGUGUUGGGCUACAGGAAUGAACUGCUGCCUCCCACCGCACGACCUUUGAUGACGCCGGUUCUGUGCCCAUCAAUUUUGGACACGAUCCUUCGUCUCUGUUCUACUUGUUUGUCAAUGUUAGCCCAAAAAGACCUCUGUAUCUCGUACUGUGCAAUAAUCAAUCAUCUCCUUUGUAGCCAUAGAAAGAUCAGACUGCAGGUUCUUUCGUGUUACUCCUGUAAAUGCUGUAAAACAUAUGGGAUAGAAAAUUAUAGAA